GUAUACCAGCCCUGAUCUCAGACUGGAGGAGCGACGAAAUCCCCACGAGAUGAGAUGAAAGCGAAACCGGACAGCGUUGUUCACACUGUGGCGUUAGAGCUGAGCUUCUGCCGACACUCCCCGACCAUUUCUGAGGAAUUACUGAGAGAAACAGAGGACACCACCGCUGCUGCUGCUGUUACUGCUGUUCUGCUCAGAUAGAACAACUAGAUUUAAGAGGUGAACAAGCCCUGAACGCUGUAAUCCCACCGAGAGAGAGAGAGAGAGAGAUACAGAAAGAGAGAGACAGAGGGAGAUAUACAAAGAGAGGGACAGAAAGAGAGAGAGAGAGAGAGAGAGAUACAUACAGAUACAGAAAGAGAGAGACAGAGGGAGAUAUACAAAGAGAGGGACAGAAAGAGAGAGAGAGAGAUAGAGAGAGAGAGUAAGAGAGAGAGAUACAGAAAGAGAGAGACAGAGGGAGAUAUACAAAGAGAGGGACAGAAAGAGAGAGAGAGAGAGAUACAUAGAGAGUAAGAGAGAGAGAUACAGAAAGAGAGAGAUAGAGGAAGAGAUACAGAAAGAGAGAGACAGAAAGAGAGAGAUACAGAGAGAGAGAGAGAGGGGGGGGGAGGAGGAGGAGAGGGCACCUAAUCGGAUUACUAUGGAGCCUCUGGAGCCUCGGUAUCGUGGCCCAUAGUCCACUGCUGUUUCAGUCACAGCUGAGGAACAGCUACACUUUUCUUUAGUUCUGCUGCUGCUCGAGACUCAGAAACUGGACAACACGCUGCUGUUCUCCCUCAGAGCUGUGAGGAAACCGCUCGACUGCAACUUUUAUUUUUUUUUCUGUUUCUGUUUUCGCUUUCUAUCCUCUCAACGUCUUCCUACAUCGCUGGGACCUAGAGCACACACUGCCAGGGUGUGAGAAGACUACCUGGAUGAAGAUUCAGCAACGCAAGAUACAGAAAAGCUUCAUAUUACUGGGGAAAUAUAAAAAAAUACUAUAAAAUAAGAAAAUGUGGUCCUGGAGACUGACGACAACACCACUACCACCAACAACAACAAGGGUUUUUCUACAUCGCUAGAGCUAUUCAUGGCAUGGAAAUGUGAGAAGACUGACUGGAUAAAAGAAGUCUAGCCAGAGUUUACUUCACAUUUAUGGGAAAGUAUUAAAACAUCCCUGGACUCUAAUAACACAUCCAAAUGAAGCUCUGAUCCAAGAGUAAACUUUUUUCUAAUUGUUUAUGUUCUUCCCCCCUCCAUCUUUAUGAUUAUGACCGAUUUCUCACUCACUUUGGAGCCCAAUGAUUCGCUUUCCGUCCCUAAAGACUUUGACCUAUGUGAGUUAAGUUAAAUGCUGGACGGUAGGGAUGGUGGAAGCUCCUCUAUGGCCAAAGCUCAGCUCCUUUCCCGUGCUGGAGCGGCUUCAGCCCGCGUGCAGCCCACCAUACAUGAAGAAUCAACCAAUACCACCGACGACGACUAUGACUCUUACGUCAGUUCUUGCGGUUCAGAGGACGCCGGUAAUGAGGAGUAUGAGGAGUAUGAUGAUUUCUCUGACCCUCCCGACACCAGGAGCAUCGCCUCUGAUGACUCUUUCUACCCUCCAGAAUAUUUUGAUGAUGAUUUUGAGGACUUUGAGGAGUCCGAGAUCUCCUCCCAUGAUGUUGAGGGGGUUCAGGAUACGUCAACGCUGAGCUUCUUUCAGGCAUGCUCCAGCAACCAAGUGCUUAUUGUCAAGUUCUUGAUACGGAGGGGUGUAAAAAAGGAAGAGGUCCAGGAAACAGACAAGAACAACAGGACCGGGUUGUUGGUGGCCUGUUAUCAGGGGUACAUGGACGUGGUCAUGGCUCUCACAGUGUGUCCUCAUUUGGAUGUGAACUGGCAGGACAAGGAGGGCAACACGGCCCUUAUUACCGCUGCCCAGGCAGGGCACAUCACAAUCACAAACUACCUACUCAACUACUUCCCCGGCCUUGACAUCGAGAAGAGGAACUGCCACGGUUUCACCGCUCUGAUGAAAGCUGCUAUGCAGGGCAGAGUGGACUGUGUCCGAGCGCUGAUGAUGGCAGGAGCGGACCUUGAGGCCAGGGAUCAUGGCCGUAAUUUCACUCCUCGCGAGUGGGCAGUCUUCACUGGCCGAUAUGAGCUGGCCUUCAUCAUGCUGCGGCUGAUUCAGCGCCCGUGUCCAGAGCAGUGCUCCGACGCCUACCGUCCCGAGUGGCCCUUACUGCCUGCACUGGUCUCCAAAGCCCAGCAGCCCAAAGGCUGCAUCCAGAAGAUCUCUGAAGCCAUCCGGGACAUUUUUGACAUCAGCAACGUAACUGAAGCCUCAGAGGACGGAGUUCUGGAUCACAUGGUGCGCAUGACCACAGGGCUGGGGAGCCCCUUCAUCGCUCUGACCUGCCGGACCGUGUGCCCUAGCAGCCCACCUUGCGUAGGCAAGCGGCGGUACUCAGUCCAGGAGAUAAUGACUAAGCACCGAGCACAAAACCUAAAGGGCCUCGGCCCCGGACACCUGGACACCUACAACCGACUCUUUCAGAACGCUCGCGUCCUGCUGGUGCCUAAACCCAAGGACCGGCGUUCUAGCCUACAGCCUCAGAACUACAAGGACUCCUUGGACCCCUCGGUGGUGGAUCCACGGAGAGCCAGUCUCAUGCCCCUUCAUAUGGUUAGGAGGAGCAGUGUAAGACCGGGCCUGGUAGUGCCCAAACUUCGUAUAACCAAGGCCCCUCCUCCUACAUAUGAGCCUGAGAAAGACCCGCGCAAGAACAGCAACACCAGCGGACAGUUCCUGCAGAUCCCUAAGUGGAGGUACAAAGAACUAAAGGAGGAAAGGAAGAAAGCAGAAGAGGCAGAGAAGAAAAAGCAGGAGGCCAUCACCAAGAAAAAAGUCUCCAAACGUAAACAGAAGUAACUGGAUGUUACAAGAAUAACUGACGCUGUUGAUAAGAAAAAAAAAAAAAUCUAAACUGAUUGGCCUGUGGAAGUCUUAGGUCCUGAGCUGUUAAAUAUGAUGCGUAUUUACACAUAUACAGGGCAAAAGUUAGCAUUAAAAAAUGCUAGCUAGAUAGGUAGCUUGCUAAUUGACCAUGACGUUACCCAAUCAACAACAGGGGUGGCCUUGAACAAACCCAGGAGAAACUUAACACUUUGAAAUAAGUGACUUUCUGUAAUUGUAAAUGCAGGGUGAUGCAACCAAAUCAGAUAUAGCCAAAACCAAAUAAGAAACCAAAAACCAAGACAACAAAUAACCAAGCUACCAAAACAAAUUAGAGAAUCUAAAUAAAAAAAUAAAAAAACAAAACCAGAAUAGACAAAACAGUAAUGACAUUUAAUUUGCAGCAGGGAAGUUUCUGAAUCAGUUUCUCUGAUUUUGCCAUUUAUAGGUAUAUGUUUAAGUAAAAUGAACAUUAUUUGUUUUAUUCUAUAAACUACAGACAACAUUUCCCCCAAAUUCCAAAUAAAAAUAUUGUCAUUUAGAGCAUUUAUUGCAGAAAAUGAGAAAUGGCUGAAAUAACAAAAAAGAUGCAGAGCUUUCAGACCUUAAAUAAUGCAAAGAAAACAAGUUUUCAUGCAUCUUGGCAUGUUCUCCUCCACCAGUCUUACACACUGCUUUUGUAUAACUUUGUCACUCCUGGUGCAAAAAUUCAAACAGUUCAGCUUGGUUUGUUCUAUCUAACUUUCUCUUGAUUAUAUUCCAGAGGCUUUUAAUUUGGUCAAAGUCAAAGAAACUUAUACUUUUUAAGCGGCCUCUUAUUUUUUUCCAGAGCUGUAUAUACAGAAUCAAUAAAAAAACAGAUGAGCCAGAUUAGUACACAGAGCAUAAUGAGAGGCAGUUUCUGAUUUGAUGAGUGAGACCAUGUGAAAGUGACAUCAUCUUAAAGAGGAUUCUAGAAAGUGUAGUUUGUGGACUAGAUGAAGGUGGAGGGGAAAACGUGGAUGUGUGACACCAUGUUGAAACUCGACUCUGUACAAGUUGGUUGCAUCAUUCUGUGGUUACAUCUCAAUAAUUUGCCUAGCUAGUUGAAGAACUGGGCAUUACAUUGUAAUAUGUUAAUGAUACAGCCUAAAUUCUUGUAUUAUUGUAAUGGAAAAUCCUGUAAUUCAGUUACCCUUUGGCACCUCUAGUGCUAGCUACCUGUUGAGGAUUUCAGUCAACAAAAUCUUCGCUCAGUGAUCAACAAGACUGAACGCUUAACACAGUUCUUGCACACAUUUCAGCACCCUUGUAACCAGCGUCAGUUGUUGACAGCGUCAGUUAUUCUGCUUACAGUGGAACUGUACACACUACACAUCUGAGGCUGGGCCAAGCUGCAGGUGUUGUUCAAUACUUGAAACGUAUGAAGCUAUUUAUUUUCAUAUUUAUCAUUUUGAAAGUAUGAUAGUGUUUUUUUGUAAUUCUAUAAGCUUUGGCUCACUGAGUCAAAUUAUCUACAAGAUAUUUCAUUCUUUUGUAGGUUUUAAGGACAAAACGAAUGUUAGAAUGUUAGAAUAUUUGCGUAUCAUGUGUGUGGACACUGCCAUAUACCAUAUACACAACUGAAUGUCAUUAAUAUCCCAACAAAAAAAUCAUCUCAGAUCUGCUCAGAUGAAUGUAAUAGAAGGGUUAGGGGGAAGGUAUUUCAUGUUUUUCCUUUUCAAUUUUCAGGCUGUUUUUUCAUGCAAAUCAUCUCAGUUCAAACACAUCUCAGAAACACUCGUUUAAAGAAAAAUCUGCAAUAUUUUAUGGCAAUAAAUCCUUAAUCAUGUCUAAUGGUGUCACAGCAGGAGCACACGCAGAACCACAGGACCGUACUGAGCCAUCCGUAUAAUUACAUUAUGCACAAGUAUCCUGUUUAAAGCCCCUAGAGGUUCUUAAGCUAGCUCUGUGAAAGUAAUGCUCUUACUUACAGUCAACCUAAGAGUGCAGGAGAUGCUUAAGGACUGCACUAAAUGUGGAUUUAGAAAGGUCAACAGGUAGAAACAAACUUAGAAUCAUAUAUAUUAAUAGUUUUAAUCAGAACAGAAUGUAGUAGGGGUGUAACCGUGCAUCAGAAUGUGGUAUCAGUGUGCACAGUAGGGAAUGUAGGGGGUGGGCUGUAUGACAGUAUUGUAUCUUAAAGUGAUAAACUGUAUUGUGAUGCAGAAUAUAUUAUUCUGAGCAUAUCAGACAUGCUGUCAGUGCUUAAAGAACACUAACCAGCACAAGUGCAGCACAUUUUGAAUAAAAUUCUGCACUACUUACAAGAGACUAUAUAAAUAAUAGUUAUUAAGAAUCAGUCAGCCACUACUGAUGCAUUUUGUCUCUUAAAAUACUGUGAUAAAAAUAUUGUGUAUUGUGAGAAGGUUUUUUAAAUAAUGUUACCCCCCCCUCCUAUUAUUUUAUUAAGACAUUAGGCAUUUUAUUAAUUGUUUGUUUGAAUUUCUAUGCAUUGGUCGAACAAACAGUCAAUGAACAGCCCACUCCAGCACAGUCUUAUUGGUAGAUAAUGCUACGACAUGGAUACAGUUAUCAGGUUUGUCCUACAAAAUAUAAAAUUCAGUCAUUCAGAGUGGUUUGAUGUUAAAUGCUGUUAUUUAGGAUUUAGAAUGCUGAUACGAAUCACAUGUCUGCAGGGUGAUACUAUUAAUACGUCCACUGGGUUAGACAGCUGGCUUAGGUAGCAUAUAAACUGUUCAAGCCCCUUUUAUUUAAGGCUCAAUUUACACAUUUGUUUUUGAAAAUAUUUUGUGCACAGCAAGAGACGUAAACACUGUGCUAUUAUUGGAGGAAAGUACCUCAUGAAGAGAGACAUCUACACACAACAAACACAGAAGACAGUGUAAAAAUGUAUAAAAGAGAAAUUAAAUGCCAAAUUACAUGUCUUCCUAUGUAGUGUCAGAUAGUUAUAUUUUUCUAAUACAACAGUAUUUACAUUUAUACACUUAUUUGUUGAAAUAUAAAAUAUAUAGUGCUAUCUGCAUGAAGACAUUGUAUUCGUAUAACUUUUGUAGUUACCGCUAUAAAGGGAGUAAGGAGGUAUUUAAAAUACUAUAAGAAACAUGCACAAGUUCAGGUAUCAGAGUUUUCUUUAUGCCUUGUUUUCUCUAUCCACCUUUGAGAGGAUUUUCUAAAAGCUCAGUUUACAGUGAUAUAGUAGGGAAAUAAGUGUUUGUUACUCUGCCGAUUUUGCAAGUUUCCCCUCUACAAAGAACAGAGAGAUCUGUAUAUUUUAUUGUAUCGCAACAUUGAGUUUCAGCUCUGUUGACUGGCGUGGCCACUCCAGGACAUUGAAGUGCUUGUUAAAGAGCCCCUCUUAAGUUGAUCUGGCUGUGUUUUUUGGGUCAUUGUCAUGCUGGAAGACCCAGCCUCGACUUAACUUCCCUCUUACUGAGGGAAGAAGGUUGUUGGCCUGAAUCUUGUGAUACAUGACCCCAUACAUGCUCCCUUUAAUACGAUGUAGUUGUACUGUCCCCUUUGCAGAAAAGCACCCCAAGUAUGAUGUUUCCACCCCCAUGUUUUAUCCUUCUUCCUCCUUUAAAUAUGGUGAAGUGAAGUGUGUUAGUAAUCAUGUGCCAUGUUGGUUUACUGACAUCUAGUAAAAUCUGGUAAAAAUGUGCGAAAACAAAAUUGCUAUAAUCUUUACCCCCAAAAUUGUGCAGCCUUCAUUUCUAUUAGUACCAUUGUAAAAAAAAAAAAAAGAAAGAAAAAUUAACAAGUUUCUCUACAAUGAACCAUUUCACAUCAAACCACUCCGAAUUACUUUGAUUAUAUUUUAUCUAAUGAAUUUCUCAGAAAUUAAUUUAAAAGACUUGAAAAACAUUGAACUUCUCUGAAAGUGCUACAGAAAGCAACAAGCAGGAAAGUAGCGAAAAAAUAGUGGUCACUGAAUGUAACUAGAUCUCAUAAUGAAAUACUGUGACAUCCCUAAAUGUAUUGUAACCACUAGAAACAUCUCAGGUUUUAAAGAGACAGUAUUGGAUGGUAUUUUUCAAUGGGAAACGAUAAUGUCCACCAAAUAUUCAAACUCUAUACGGUACAUUUGUGUGAAAUGUGCUUAUUUCUCAUCUAGAACACAACAGAACCACUGUGCCUCCUCAGUAUACAGCUCUACAGUUUCUCUCUCUCUCUCUCUCUCUCUCUCUCUCACACACACACACACACACACACACACAAAAGGCUUACCUACACAAAGGCCAGGCCAACAUGGCCCGAGGUCAAGCAAUAUCAAUCUGUGUUUACAAACUUUACCUACAUAAACCAAAUCUAAUGGCCAGCAAUACUCUGAGAAAAUGUGAAAUAAACUUUGCAGUUCUGCACUUGACUGAA